CAUGCCAUGUGUUCGUUCCUCGUUUCGUCUCUCGUGUCGCCGCCGAACAUAAACAUAAUAAGCAACACGAGGGAUUUCCCUACGCGCGCGCGCAGAUCAUCCACGCGCGCGCAUUCCUUUUUCCAUUCCGCUCCGGAACAGCAGAAUCUAGAGAAAGUGAAGCGGAUCAGUUGCCGGCUGAAGAAAAAGGAUCUGGCUCCCUUCCCGGACCGGCCAUGGCGUGGCAUCUUGGCGUGACGGGGGCGGAGCAUCUCGCCCUCGCCCUCACACCACCCGUUCACAAAGCGAACGUUUCUAAGCUUUUUGUUUUGUCCACUGCCAGAGGCCUUUGCCGUGCAGGAAUCAUUCCCUUUAUCCCACACUCGUCUCUCGCUUUUGUUCUUGUAUCUAUGUAUGUAUCCUUGUAUAUAUGCAUUGCAAUUGCACUGCACGGCACACAUACAUGUCCCUCCCGGAUAACCCCGCGCUGUUCUCGUUUGUUUCGCUCAUUCCUUAGCUGCCACCCUUGCCCCUUCUUUCCUUUAUCAUCAUCAUCAUCAUCAUCAUCAUCAUCCUUAACACUCGGCGUUGGGAGGGGCUGGAGGAGUGGUGUUCGUCGCGGAUUGAGGAACGUGCAUUGCCGCAGCUAGCAUGCAGCUACACCUCUCGCCGCCGGCGUGGGUGCCAUCGGGCUACGGCCACGGACCGCGGCCGCGUGCUCUCGUCGUCAAAGGUCCAUGCCGUUUCCGCGGCAAAGGAGAUGCUGCCCUUGUGGAAACCGCCGGCUCGCGUGUCGCUCUCCAGAUUGCGCAGGCCACCAGCGUAUCCAGUGCUAAUGGUUUGCAAAUGAACGUUGUCAGAAACGAUAUUCAGGUUCUUGAACGGACUGAGGAACAAUGUGAACUCGAUGACUGUUGUGUGAUUCCCGGGACAGAGUUUGAGCAGCCACUGGUCGACCAAGUGAGGAUGAUGCUGGGGUCGAUGAGUGACGGUGAGAUCAACGUCUCGGCAUACGACACCGCCUGGGUCGCUCUGGUGCCGAGUCUUGAUGACUGUGACAGCCCCCAGUUUCCCACCACCCUCCGGUGGAUUCUUGACAACCAGCUCCCAGACGGCUCCUGGGGAGACGCUGCCCUGUUCUCCGCCUAUGACCAGGUCAUUAACACCCUUGCCUGUGUCGUGGCUCUUACAAAGUGGUCUCUUGGCCCUGAUAAAUGCAGGAGAGGGCUCUCUUUUCUGGAGGAGAACGUGUGGAGGCUAGCUGAGGAAGACCUGGAGUCGAUGCCCAUCGGCUUCGAGAUUGUGUUCCCUUCUCUCCUGGAGGUGGCCAAGAGCUUGGGCAUUGGGUUCCCGUAUGACCACCAUGCUCUGCAGCGCAUAUAUGCUAACAGAGAAGUGAAGCUCAAGAGGAUUCCGAUGGAGAUGAUGCACAGGAUUCCAACGUCGAUCCUGCAUUCCCUUGAAGGGAUGCCCGGGGUGGACUGGCAGAAAAUCCUUAGGCUCCAGUCUAGUGAUGGGUCCUUCCUCUAUUCUCCUUCGGCUACAGCCUGUGCUCUCAUGCAAACCGGUGAUGAGAAAUGCUUCGAAUACAUCGACAGAAUCGUCAAGAAAUUCAACGGAGUUCCCAAUGUUUACCCGGUCGAUCUCUUUGAACGCAUCUGGGCCGUCGAUCGGUUGGAGCGUCUUGGAAUCUCGCGCUAUUUCAAGCAAGAAAUCAAACAGUGCUUGGACUAUGUUCACAGGCACUGGACUGAUGAGGGGAUUUCCUGGGCGAGGAACUCCACUGUAAUAGACGUGGAUGACACAUCCAUGGCGUUCCGGCUGCUGCGGCUACAUGGAUACGAUGUCUCCCCUACUGUAUUUGAGAAGUUUGAGAAGGACGGGGAGUUCUUCUGUUUCGUGGGGCAAUCAACACAAGCAGUCACUGGGAUGUACAACCUGAACAGGGCCUCUCAGGUAAGGUUCCCCGGAGAGGACUUGUUGCAGCAUGCAGGGAGAUUCUCGUAUGAGUUCCUGAGAGAAAGGGAAGCCCGUGGCACGAUUCGAGACAAAUGGAUCAUUGCUAAGGAUCUACCAGGCGAGGUAAAGUAUACACUGGACUUCCCAUGGUAUGCAAGCUUACCGCGUGUAGAAGCAAGAGUCUACCUAGAUCAAUAUGGUGGUGAUAAUGAUGUCUGGAUUGGAAAGACACUCUACAGGAUGCCACUUGUGAACAACAACACCUAUCUUGAGUUGGCAAAGCGUGAUUUCAAUCGCUGCCAAGUCCAACAUCAGCUUGAGUGGCAUGGCCUACAAAAGUGGUUUACUGAGAAUGGCCUCGAGACUUUUGGGGUGACUUUAAGAGAUGUUUUGAGAGUUUAUUUUCUAGCCGCCGCUUGCAUUUUCGAGCCAAGCCGUGCCACCGAGCGACUUGCAUGGGCCAAGGUGUCAGUGCUGGCCAACAUUAUUACUAAAUACCUUCAUAGCGAUUUGUCGGGUAAUGAAAUGAUGGAACGGUUUAUGCAAGGCGGUAUCUAUGAAGGAAAUAGUAAUAUAUCAUGGCAUAAAGGAGGUGCAAAAGAGGACAUUCUUGUCGGGGCAUUUGAGCAACUUAUUGAUUUAUUGGCACAAGAGGCACUACCUGUUGGUGAAGGACCAGUGUACAUCAACAAUUUGUUACGCUGUGCUUGGAUCGAAUGGAUGAUGCAACAGAAAAACAGAGAGGAUGACACCUUCGGUUCAGGUGUUGUUCAAGCUGGGCCGUGCAUGGUUCAUGAUAAACAAACAUGUUUGCUUCUAGUCAAAAUUAUUGAGAUUUGUGGUGGACGAACUGGUGAAGCAUCAUCGAUGAUAAACACCAUGGAUGGUGCCUGGUUUAUUCAACUUGCGUCCUCUAUUUGUGACAACCUUCACCACAAGAUGUUACUUUCUGAGGACACCAAAAGGAACGAGGCGGCAAUGAGCCACAUGGACGAGAGAAUUGAGGCAGGCAUGCAGGAACUCACCCAGAAUGUCCUCCAGGCGCACGGUGAUGGGACGAGCAGCGACACGAAGCAGACCUUGUUGAGCGUCGUGAGGAGCUGUUACUACGCCGCUAACUGCCCUCCCCAUGUGUUCGAUGGACAUGUCUCCAAGGUCAUUUUCGAACAUGUGUUUUGAAGGAAAGAAAGAAGAAAUUGUCAUGCAAUGGUAGGAAUGGGUGGAGGUGGGAUCUGUAUGUGCCGUACAUCGAAAAUAAUGUUGUAAGGAGUGCUAGUGAAAGAAAACAACUUGAUUAAUGCUGUAAGGAGUGCUAAUUAUUAAAGGUUGCACUAUAUUUCAUUAUUAAA